GUAUCUCUUCAUAGGCAAAGGAGUGAGGUAUUUCAUCUGAAAAUGAAAACCAUAAUUCUUUUUGGGCUACUGGGAGCCACACUAUCAGCCCCGAUUAUCCCACAGCGCCUUUUGUCUGCAAGCCACAGCAAUGAGGUUAGUUUAGAUACUAGCCCAUUUAAUUCAUGGAUUCCUCCUUUCUCUGGGAUUCUACAACAGCAGCAAGCUCCGAUUCCAGGACUCUCCCCAUUCUCCUUAGCAACUCUAGACCAGGUUGCUAGACUGUUCCCAAAUCAGAUAACUUUCCCAGGACAGGUCAGCUUUGCCCAGGGAAACCAGGUGGGACAACUGGACCCCUCACAGCCUCAAGCACCAGUGCAGGCCCACCAGGGCCCUAAUAAUGCGAUGCCCUAUGUGUUCUCCUUUAAAAUGCCUGAAGAGCAAGCCCAGAUGCUUCAAUACUAUCCGGUUUACAUGCUGCUUCCCUGGGAACAACCUCAGCAAACAGUCCCAGAGUUACCUCCACAAACAGGACAGCAGCAAUUUGAGGAGCAGAUGCCAUUCUAUACUCAAUUUGGAUAUAUCCCACAACAAGUCGAACCUGUUAUACCAGGAGGACAGAAGCAACUAGCCUUUGAUGCCAUCAUAGGCACAGGUCCUGAAACUGCUGCAAUGCCAGCAGAAGGAGUGAUACCAUAUUUACAAAACAAAAUGAUAAACUUUAAGCAUGCCAGUAGAGGAAUUGUCAUUCCUCCAACUUCACAAAAACCCAGCACAACAAAUGCUUUUGCUUCUGCUAUAGACCCAACUAUUACCCCAGAGCCCAUGGAAGAGAAGGCCAAGACUAGUAGCCUAAAGGAACCAUAA